GGUCCGCGGAAACCCGCGGUUGGGGAGCGCGGAGGGGACCCCGAAAGCUCGGCUGGGAAACGCGGGAGCAAAACCAGCCCUUUCCCAGGGACUGGCUCGAGUCACUUCUAACUGACGCUUUUAAGGGGAAGGGAUUUCAGAAAAUAAACGAACUGCUUCAAGAGAAAGAAAUUGAACCUCUCCAAAAAUACAGCGAAUCUCUCUUUAACCAGCUUGACAAAGCAUUGAGAAAGGAGCUGGACAAGAAUGAAUUCCAGAAUGUUUCAGUGCUGUUGAGGUGCAUUCAGCUCUACUUUAAAAGUGACCUUCAGGAAGGGGAAAGCUUAUUUAUUGAGCAAGGACUGGUGCAAAAGAUGAGUAUAAUACAGUCUUUGAGUUACUAAUGUAAUUUUAAGGUUGCUUGUAUCAGGGGGAAAAUACUCAAAGGGAGCAGCACUAGAGUAUGACUUUUUGGCCAUGCAGAAACAAAAUCGCUCUCUUUUUAAUGUAUGUCUUAAGCUUAGUGGAAAAAAAAAUAUUUUCUUUGCAUUGCCUUCAGUACAAAAGCUAACAUCAUGAUUACGCUUAUCAUCGAACUUCAUGUUCGUGGGUUUUUUAAGCUGCUAAUGGGAGCAAGGAGAGGAUGAGUUUAAAUGAGUCCCAACUGUGAAAUAACAUAAAAUUUCUAAAUCUAUUUUACAUGCUGCAGCAAAAAUACAGUUUUAGUAAUAAAAUUCAUGGGAAGUUUGGUAUGCUUCUGCAAUUUUAUAAGCUAACAUACUCUUAUGAGGGUCUGUUAUCAGAUAACUGGUGCAAUAAGUAUAUUUAACCUGUAACUGUACUUUAUCUUCUCGCUGGCACUAUACUGAUUUCAGUUGAUAUUGGUUGUAGUAGAGAAAUGCACUUGUGUCUGAGAUGGAUAAUACUCAGAUUAACCUAGGAAGGAACAGUUAGCAGGGGCUCUCUGUUAGUGGCACUGUGCCAAGGACUCCUCAGUCCUAGGUGUUAACACUACUUUGUAAAUGCACUUUUCCAGGGAUGCUGUUGCUCAAAACUGCCCUGCAGGGAGCAGCAAUAAAGUCCCCCCACCUGAGCAGGGUGUGGGGUACAGGAGCUCCUGGCAGCACAGAUCUGUCAUGAGCUGUAGGUGUGUUGAGCCACUUCGUGUAACAUUUAUGAAUAUGUGUCUAAUAACACAUUCAUAAACCAGACUAUGUGAAAGCUUGACAAAUCUCUUACACUUUCUUGGACUUUUAAUUGAUCUCCUCAAGAAAGCUCCAGCCACGGCAAUGACACCAGCACAACCUGUCACAGCAGAGGCGGUGGGGGCCAGGAGAGUGGGGUGGAGGAGGAGGACGAGGACGGGCUGGGGAGGCAGAGGAAGAAGAGCUGCCACCUGGGUGAGGGGUUGGGGGUUUCACCUGCCACUGGCAGCCUUUGAGCCUUGUAAUGCCUUCGGCACAGUACAGCACUGCCAAGGUCAGGGAUUGAAAAAUCUCAUGUGUGCAUGAGGCCUGCUGAAGGUAUACUUAGGAUUAUUAACACUUCUUGUUCAGUUUUAACUGAUUAUUUCAAUUUUUACAUGGUGUCUUGGUUUGAAAGAACAAGAGCGUUUGUGAUCCUCAUAGACCCAAAUGAAAACAGAUUUUUGAUGAUACUUCUUGAAGACUUCUUUGACUGUGCAUUGGUGAUUUGCAAGUGCAGCAAUGAAGGGAAGAAAGAGCUGGUGAAUUUAUUUCUACCUGAACUAGGGCAUCUUGUGACAGAAGCAAAUGUUUGCUGCGCCCUGCGGCAGGAGGCUUUGAGGACUCUUAACUCUAUACUCGACAGCGUACCGCGAGAGGAGAGAAAGAAGUUUCCCCUGUCCGAAGAGAUGUGCUCGCUCACGAAAGAUCUUGCAAAAAGUAUUCUGGAGGUUGGUGACUAUGACCUUCAGGUUGCCCUUUCAGAAGCACUUUGUAGGCUAAUGACAAAAAAAUGGAGGGAUGACCUUGUUCACCACUGGUUUGAAGAUAAUUAUCUUGCUGAAGCUUUCAAAGAGAUCAAGGAUAGAGAAUUUGAGACGGACUGCAGAAGAUUUCUUAAUCAACUAAAUGAAAGGCUUGGGAAUGAAAGAAGAGUCUAUUCAUUUCCUUGCAUAUCUGCUUUUGCUGACAUGAAUGAGGUGAAGAAGCCCUCGGAUGAGAAGCUGGAGGAGUUCUGGAUUGAUUUCAAUGCCGGCAGUCAGAGUGUGACUUUCUACGUAGACAGUAGUGAGGGUGCUCUGUGGGACUCCGUGAGGCUGUCAAAAGAAGCAGUCAGUAGUUACAGCCUGAAGGAGGAGGGUGGAGGAAAAACUGUUAAAAUUUACAUGAAGAUUCCUGCUAUUCUCAACAAAAAUGAAGCAACAAAAAUCAAAAUAUCCUUUAGUGCCAAGUUUGAGAUCUUAGAUGUGCUCAGAAAAGUCCUGGGAGAUGAAAAAAUGAUGAUAAAUGUGGCUGAAGAGGAGCCCAUCCAUGCUGGAGAGCAAGCCAGGCAGAAUGAAGCAGUAAUACCUGAGUCCAAUAAUCUACAGAGGAAGAGAAAUCCUUCAAACUCUGAAAACACAGACUCCCUCUCGGACAUCAUAGUCUCUCAGCACAGUGAGCAGUUGAUGGACACCAAAACGGUUACCUCUGUCACCAUGAUUACAGUGAGCCAGCAGACUGACUUGGAGGAUGCUAACCCAGGCCCAGCAAAAAAAUCCAAAACUCCAUCUCCAAAGAUGAAAGCUAAGCCUAGUGAGAAGCCCCUAGAAGAAGAGCCCAUAGAGGAAUUGAAACUGAAGGAUGAUGCUUGGGAAAAGAGAAACAGAAAAUCAAGUUUGGUCAAGCAGAAGACUGAAGCCAGGAAGGAUUCCUAUGACUUUGAAAACUCGGACUCUGCAAGCCAUGAAAAGAUUGCUGAAGCCAAAGGAAAGGUCCUUGGACGGAAACCUUCCUCACAAAAUCAGAGCAGGGGUCGGGAAACCGAAAAUAAGACUCGGGACUCGAGCAAACUCGAGAGAAGGCAGUCUGAUUACAGGAAACAUCUUUUCUCUGAAAGUAACAGUGAAAAUGCAAGCACUGGCCAGAGUGAAAAAAGCUGGAUCCUUGACUCUCAGAAGCGGUCGGUGCCAAGAUCCGUUGAUUACACCCGAAAAAGGCCUAGGGUCAGAAGUAAAUUAAAAGUACUUCCAGUGUCUUCUGCAAGUAGUGGCAGCGAUUACCAGACAAAGAAAUUGGAAGUUCCAAGGCCAAGAGCUCAGAAGGAAACGCUGAAGAAAAAAGGCACAGCCAAGGCCAAGGGAGAUGAUUUACCUGCUGUGGAAGUUGCUGAUGAAACACACACGGAGCUAGAAGGGGAUCCAGUAUUUAGCGCCUCUGCUGAGGACUAUUCCAAUAUUGAAGAGAAGCCAACACAGAAGUUUCCUAAUGCAUCUGGCAAAUCUUCAAGAGAAGAAGAAAUGUUUAAGCGUAAGAACUCAGAUAUGUUAGCUGGCACUGUCUUGAAAAGGCCUAAACUUUCCAGUUGGGAAACAAGUCACUUGUCCUCUGACACUUCCUAUAAACCAAGGAGACUUUUUAAUUCAAUAGAGGAAGAAAAGGAGACCAAAACAGGCCAGAAAAUGGAUGAAAUGGAUGACAUGUUUUUUUCCAAGAUACUGAGCGAAGAUGUCAGUGAUUCAGGGGUUAUUACUGCAUUUGAAAGCUUUACCAGCCAACUAAAGAAACUGUUCUGGUCCAGGUACAAAAGGAUGGAGACUUGUGCGCAGAAUGCGCUGAGGACUUCUGAGAAGAAUGUGUCGGCCUUAUUAAAUCAGAUACAUGAGUGCAGGCUGAAUAAGCUGGAAACCUUCCAAAAGAUUGUUGUUGAAGAGCUUGCCAGUCUUGAGAAGGAAACUCAAGUCUUAGCAAACCUGGAGAAGGAUGCAGUGGACUUCUGGAAUGCACAGGCCCUCAAACUGAAUUCUUUCUGCAACCAGCAAAAGCAACGAAUUCAGUCUGUUGACUCAGCCCUGGGUGAAACAGCAAAGAGUUUUGUUGAAACUAUCCAGAAUACAACGUAUGAACGCCCAGUGGAGAAGGCAGCAGAAAACGUGUUCAUUGUUCCUUCUGACUAAUCAGUCCCUGAAUUCAUAAAAGCUCUAAACAGCAUUCGAAUGUCUUAUGUGGCCGAGAGAAGAACUUUGGGUCCUGUGGAGGAUAUGUUAUUAUAUUUUAGAGGGAAAGAAAAAUGGAGGGAAAAUGCCAUUAAGCCUUUUUUGUUGUUAAAAACUAUGUGCUGCCAGAGUGGUCCAGUUUUGACCUUCCUGCAAAUUGGAAGAUAGGUCUACUAAAUACCAGCAAAAAAAAAAAAAAAAAAAAAAAAGGGGGGUGGGUGGGAAACUAAACAUGGUUUAGCCAACACAUUGAUUCAUAGUAGCUUUCUUUGACUAGUCCAUCAGUGCCUUUAUGAAUUGUAAAAGCAUUGAGUGAUUGAUUGUAAGUAAAACAUUGUUUGCAUAGGAUAACAAGCUCCUUGUCUUCUGAGUUGAUGUACAUUGCAAGCCUGUGAAAAGUACUUCUUAGAGUCCUUUGUACCUUGGGCGGGCUGUGCUGCUGGGGUUGUGUGCAUGCAACCUGGGAACUGCUGGUUUGAAAUCUGAGCUGCUCUGUUCUGCAUUGCAGAAAUCAAAGCACAAGCAGAGGGAGCUACUGGAUAUCAGCCUGUUUGUGUCAAAUGGGUGCCUGGUGGCAAAAUGCAGUGAAGGCGAUGGAGGGCAAGAAACUUGGAGCACUACAGAGAAAACAGCAAGCAAAGCUGGAGAAAUUGUUUCUGAAACUGGUGGCUUCAAGGAGAGCUCAAAGUACAGUGAACAAUAUUAGGGUUAGAUAAGCAUCAAAGGUUCCUUGAAAAUGAGCAGAAGAUAAACAGUGCUAUUUAAUAUCAACCUCUGUUAGAAGAGAGUUCUCUGAAUUACAGUUGCUCUUCACAGACCAUCUUUAGUGCUGUGGCAGUCUCACUGUGUGCUAGUGCAUCUUCAUGAAUUUGUGGGAACAUGGCACAUUUCCAAGUGCUCUGUUUUUAUCCACUUAUCUUACAAAACAGACCUCAAAUUAUUGUGCGGGUUGGAAUCAAAGGAAUAAUUCCCUCUACACAAUGUACUUUCAUAACAAAAGCCCAGUUUUGCCAGUGUUUAUUUCACCCCGGAGUAUCUUUUGGGGAGCUGAAACUGUUUCUGCUCACAAAGACAUGUAGUGUCAGAACAGAGAACAGCAAAAAAUCUGUUGUCAUGACUUAAUCACUUUCUGCAGAUCACGCUUUUUCCUUGAUAAUUUAAGUAGCCCUGACUGGAGCUGGCACAAGUAAGGGACUCCACCUUCAUCUACAUCAAGGGCUGGUAGGCUUUUUUGUUCUUCGUUGAUUAAAAAGGAAAGACCUCUUCAUCUUCACCUUUCCCAAAGCUCCAGACAAGUUAGUCUGCUCUCUGCUACUUACACAUGGAAGAUUGAAGCUGCAGUUUCAUAUCCAGUAACCUGUGUUCAUUUCUUUGAGGGUUGGCCAUCGUGACCUAACUGUAAUGCAUCUUCCCAUUGCUGCUCAAAGUCUUUCCACUAGCCAUUUGAAUCUAGUUAAACUCAGCCAGCACAGCUGUUUUUUUUUUCCCCCCUCUCUCCAGGUGAAACUUUAAUAUCCAAAACCAGCUCUGCUUAUGCAUGGUAAAGGUGUGCCACUUGUGUAUAUUUUUGCAGGCUGGUAAUGGAGUUUUCAGCAUGCUUUGUGUCCCAUUGGUGUGGUAUUAUGCUAUCACUGAUCAGCAACAUCUUUAAUCAAAGUAGGCAUCAGUCUGGGUGAUCAGAGCAUCUCUUCAUAUUGCCUGCCUGUAUCAGGUCCAGAACUGAUAACCAUUUGAGGGUUUUACUACCUGAGUCAUAGUGUGAGACCCAGUGCCUACGAGUAUGGUAAGGGCUUGAACUGCUCUAUUGCUUGCUCUUGUAACCCAGAGCUCACAUUAGUAUAUGUAAGAGGGCACUUUGUGUAUAUAUUGCUCCCAGCCGUAAGUACUAGGACCAGCCUUCCAAAAGCUCCUGAGCAAAUACCACAGCCUAUAUUUCUUCCCCCCCCACCCC